AUGGGGUCACAUAUCUUAUUCUCUCCUCCAGCAAAGAACAAAUUGGGGCCCUCAAGGAAAAGCACAUCCAAAUCUAAGUCUGCGAAAUCAGGCAGACGUAUUUCUAAACAUGCCAGUGCCAACGCCUAUUCUGUUCCCCAGAACGACGAUGUCGCUCGGGCUGCCGGUACCAACAGGCGAUGUCAGCGAUGUGAUGGCGAACUCCCCUGCAAACGAUGCAAGGACGACGGCCUUGUUUGCACUGCUGGUGUACGCAAGAAAGUUCAGUACAGGAAAUUGCCCGGACGAUACGCCGAGGUUCUUGAGAGCACUCAAUUUACCCUCGUUGCCACAAUUCAUAAGCUCUACAACAUGGUUCGCAAUUCCCAAGUAUGGGAGCUUGGGGAGCCCGAUCUCAACGACCGAGGACUUCCGGUCAUCCAUGAUAUUGCCCAGAAGCUUGGCUACAUCCGGGAAAUUAGCGACAUCAAUCUCCCCACCUACUUUGUUUUUCCCGAAGACGAGGCCGCCAUGGGUGUGCUGGCUCAACGGCUCGAGGAUCAACAUGAAAAGGACAUGGAUAGCCAAGAGGACGUGAAGGACAUGGAUUUACCAUACAACUGGCAAAAGGAUCUGUCAUCUCCUGACUUGGAUCACUCCAAACUCGAGAACUUCUGGACGACUCCAUUGGGUAACGGCACCACUACAUUCCUGUCCCACCAGAGCUUCGAAUGCAGCAAUGAUUUCGAGUUUAGUCUUAUUGAUCCCGAAAUAAACUACAGCGUCAAUUUCACCUCACUAAUACCCUCAGUGACUAACUUCUCGACGGAGUAUAUACCCAAGUCACAACCAAGUAGGAUGGUUAUGGAAUUUGUG